AUGUCGACUCAGCCUGUGCCGCCCAGCUGGAAGGACCUUGGUAAGGCCGCCUCGGACAUCCUUGGCAAGGACUACCCGAUCCACGGCUCUACCCUCGAGGUGAAGACCCGCACCCCCUCGGGUGUUACCUUCCGCGUGUUUGGUCUCCACGACAACAAGUCGUCGGCCAUCAGCGGUGACCUCGAGGCCAGCUGGCAGGACCGCAAGAAGGGCCUUGCCUUCACCCAGGCCUGGUCCACUGCCAAUGUGCUCCGCAACCACAUCGAGGUGGAGAACCACCUUGCCAAGGGCCUCAAGUUCGAGGUGAUCUCGACGCUUGUCCCCGAGAAGCAGGCCAAGAACGCCCUUGUGGCCGCUACCUACAAGGCCCCUGGUGUGCACGUCCGCAACUUUGUCGACGUCUUCAAGGGUCCCCUGCUCACCGCCGACGCCGUUGUUGGUCGUGACGGCUUCCUUGUCGGUGCCGAGACUGCCUACGACGCCAAGGACAAGAAGGUCGCCCGCUACAACCUCGCCCUCGGCUUCCACGCUCCCGAGUACGCCGUUGCGCUGCACGCCCUGGGCAACCUGUCCACCUACAGCGCCUCGUACUACCACCGCGUUAACUCGGACAUUGAGGCGAGCGCUCGCGCUACUUACGACUCGAAGGCUUCGAGCAACGUGAACCUCGAGGUCGGCACCAAGACCUACCUCGACAACGCCGCGUUCGUCAAGGCCAAGAUCAACAACUCGGGCAUCCUCGCCCUCGGCUACGCCCAGGCCCUCCGCCCGGGCAUCAAGGCCACCUUUGGUCUCGCCCUCGACACGCUCAAGCUCAGCUCGGGCUCGACCGACGCCAGCGCCCACAAGCUCGGUGCGUCGCUCACCUUCGAGGCCUAA